UCAAAAGGUGUCGACGAGCCGAAGUUCUGCAGGUAUUCCAACUAGAGCGUAAUUUGGUGCUCAAGUCGCACUGCAUGAAUCUCGCGCACGCUGCCGAUGCAGUCUCCAAUCCCACACGUCGCUCUUAGUUUCACUACUUCCGAUGCACCCGUGGAUGAGGCUGUAAGCCGAUGAGAACGACGCCGAAACUCAUUUCCCCCCCAACAUUGCCCGAAUCCUACAAUUCCUGAUAUGUCGCAACAAUAAGGUUUCAAGCAAUCCUCAAAGCACGCUGACGGACGGACCCGGCAAAAUGUCGCCUGCCGAGCAGCCGAUCCUCGCCCAAUGGAUCCUCGACACGCGCUCCUGGUUCCCCGAAGUCACCAGCACCCAGCAACUCGAGACUCAUGCCGCUCGCGCCUUUUCCUUUCUUCCCCCAUCCGCCCGCACUGCCAUACUCCGCUACUACCAUCCCCGCGACGCGAAAAUGGCGCUGGCCUCCGCUCUGCUGAAGCACUACGCCGUCGCCAAGCUAUCCCACACCCCCUGCAACAACAACAACCCGGACGGCGCCUUCACCCGCGAUGCGCGCACCAAGCCGGUCUACAUCGACCCGGCCACCGGUGCGCAACCCGUGUCCUUCAACGUCUCCCACCAGGCCGGCAUCGUGGCCAUCAUCGCCGUGGCCGGCUACCACCCACCACCACCACCACGAACAGCACCCUCCUCCUCCACAAAUGAGAGAGAAGCAGGGCAAGCGGAAGCGGGAGCAGAAGUGGGAGUGGAAGUGGGCGUCGACGUGGUGUGCACCAGCGAGCGGCGGGCGCGCGACCACGCCAUGAUCGCGCGCGACGGCUGGCCCGCGUUCGUCGACAUGCACGCCGACGUGUUCGCGCCGGGCGAGGUCGCCUACCUCAAGCACCGCGUGCUGCUGCGAAUGGCCUCCUCGGUGGGUGGCGGCGGCGGCGCGCCCACGACGGAGCAGCUGGUGGACGUCAAGCUGCGCGCGUUCUACGCGCUGUGGGCGCUGCGCGAGGCGUACGUCAAGCUGACCGGGGAGGCGCUGCUGGCGGACUGGCUGAGGGAGUUGGAGUUUGUGGAUUUCCGGCCGCCGCGGCCGACGGCUGGGUGGGAGGUGCCCGCGCGUGAAGGGGGCGGGCAAGAGGACAGGGACGGUGAGGACGCCGAGGUGAUUCGACGGAUAGACAUCAGGUUCAAGGGGAACAAGGUCGAGGACGUGAAUAUGUGCCUGAGGUCCGUGGGACAGGAUUACAUGAUUGCCACAGCGGUGAGGACACCAGGGAGGAAGGAGGACGGCUUGGGCUGGGGGCUUGGACCGUACGAGAUACUAUCAUUGGAAGAGGUGCUGGACUUUGCCGAGUCCAGCAGGUGA